CACCGCUGGCCCAGAUUCGAUGCGACCGUCGCGAAGUGUAGGUGACACCCGACUUUGCUCGCGAGUUCACUCGGGCCUCCCGGCUCCUCGUCCAUUCUCAUCGAGCAUCCGUGACAAGUGCGGCACAGUUACCGUCGAUCGCCACGCGCCCGUGCAGAUCCAGAGCCGCCACAGCAGCCGCCGAUGAAAGUCCAGUGCGCGUGCUGUUCGGAAAUCGACGCCGCCGCUCGGAAGUCUCCCGCGAAACUCGUCGACGCCUGUGGCCGGUGUAUCGCAUUUCGCGCCGCUCUCUGCACGACCUGGCGGAACCACGCGCGCUAGCGCGACCCCGCUGACACGAGAGAUCUCAGGCCGAGUGUGUCGGAAGUGCCUCGUACGAUGUGACUUCCCAAGUGUAGUUCAACACGUAGUUCUACGGACAUCAACGACCGUGUGACAAGAGAGUUUACGUCGCUACUCCCGCGCGAUCCCUGCGCCGCCCUCUCGGCCGUUUUACGCGCUGCGAUCGUCGUCUCCACGCUUCGAGAGCACGCGGGACGCGACAGCGUCGCGAGCACACGACGUUCUCUGGCUGCCGCCUCGUCAAAUGACCUCAAGUUUCCUGGUGAGUGCAUCCUCACAUACAUGGAGUUUCAGCUGGAUAGUGCAGAAUACUGCCAGGCUCAACACAAAUAGAGAGACGCGCCCAACCAUCCUAGAACCUGCUAGGUAUUGUUAAAGGGGAAGCAAGGAGGAAUUAUCUUUAAUCAGGCAAAAACAAAAAAAAAAGAAACAAAUUGGAUAUUAUUGGGAUCAUUGCCUCAAAGUCCGAAAAUCAUCAGCUAGUCAUCACGCAAGGCAUAGAGAAAUUAAAUAGAAUCAAUUAUUAAUUUACAUUAUUAAAUGCAAGCAUCGUAGUUACUGAGCGCACCUGAUCCAGGCGCACCCAGUGCCAAAUAGAUAAUCUUCCGAAUCAUAGUCAAGGAUCCCAAGUGGGAAUCAAUCGCAUAUCAACAACGCCUAAUGUAACGUAGCCCUCACUUUUUCAGCGAAAUUCGCACCCCAACAACCCUUCUCGAGGUCUACAUGUGAACCCACUGUUCUGUCCUCUGUAAAAAAAUAACAAAGUAUUCAAUUAGUUAAAUGAGAAACAACUCGAUAAGACUGACAUCUAUGGGCUAAGUUGUCAAAUCCGAUCUUUGUUGCUUCGUAUAGUGUGGCACAUUACAAAUACAAAAAGAAACCGUGUCGUACAAAAUCAUUAAAAAGAGUUAGAACAAUACAAAAAAAGGAGUCAGGAGUAUACCAGUUGUUGUCCAGGAGGAAAUGAGCAACAUGAGGGUGAAGGACAUCAGGCCGGCGCCCGCCGAAAUCGAAUACAAAAACAUGAAGUUCCUCAUCACUGAUCGGCCCAAUGAUCAGACCAUUCAUACAUUCAUCCAAGAACUGAAGAAGCACAAUGUGAAAGAAGUAGUGAGGGUCUGCGAACCAACAUACAAGAUCGAGGAACUUAGAGGAGAAGGGAUUAAUGUCAUAGACUUGGUUUUCGAUGAUGGCACAUUUCCACCUAACGAAGUCGUCGAUGAAUGGUUCGAAUUGCUGAAGAAUCGGUUCCGCGAGUCCCCAGACGCAUGUGUAGCAGUACAUUGCGUUGCGGGACUUGGCAGAGCACCAGUGUUAGUAGCACUUGCUCUGAUUGAACUGGGACUAAAGUAUGAAGAUGCAGUUGCAUUAAUCAGAGAGAAAAGACGAGGUGCCAUCAACGCAAAGCAGCUGGCCUAUCUUGAAAAAUAUCGUCCCAAAUCUCGGCUGAAGCUCAAAAAUGGACAAAAGAACUCCUGCUGCGUCCAAUAGAUUAAAACGAUUUCUUUGAAAAAAAGUUACUAAUUCAUACUGAUUGGUAUACCUAAUUGUAUAGGUUUUCAUGCCUGGUAACAAGAGACAUACUGUACCGACUCUGUUCUGAAAGGCUUAUCAAUGGAAAUGCAACCAAAUUACUUCUUGAACAAUUUGAAAAAUCAUAUUUCACACCAUCAAAUUCAUUAUCAGGAUCAGUAAUCGAUUUAAGAGAGAAGCAGAACUACUUGGAAUGAUUUGUCACUUUUCAUUUACGAAAGUUUUUGUAUUUAUUUUUGAUACUAAAUUAAGAUAAAAUGCUGUGUGUGUGUGUAGAUCAGGAAGAAGAAGCCUUUCGUGCUUGAUAAAAUUAGUAGCGAAUUCGAAUGGAUCUGAUUACCUGUAUAUUAAAAAAACUGGAUCAACUUAUGCAUUGUACAUCAUACUCGGUGCCUCGUUCAAGGCUGUUACGUACAACAAAUUUUCGAAGCCUGCAUUUACUUGGUCCUAGAAAAUUAUAAUAUUCAAUAUGUUACCAAUCAUUUUAUGAAUAUUAGUUGAUGCGUUAUUUAUACGAAAUAUGUUAGGGAUUAUUGAGAGAAAAGAAAACGCAUUAAAUUCUCAUCAUUUCUUGUAAAAAUGGUUCCUUUGAUACUAUUGUAUCCAGCUGUUGUAAAACGUAGCUUUUUAGAGAAAUUAGUGCAAUGAAAACUUACGUUUUUCCAGAACGGUUGAAUACAGGAAAUAUUUAAGUGUCUUAUCGAGAACAAUUUUUAAAACCAGAACAAAUAAAAAGACAAGAUCUGUACACAAGCCUUUUUUUUACAAAUAAUGAGAUAAAUCAUAUUUAUUGAAGGAGUAUGUAUCAUACAACACUCAACAAAGUGUGGUUUGUACAAUAGUGAUAUAUUAUUUUUAUUCGAGGGAAUGUGAUUGAUAUAACAAUCUAUUCACUUUAAUUUGUAAAUGUAUUCGAUCCGAUUGAUUAACUGGUGUGCACACGAUAAUGCAAAUAUUCUGUGGACAUUGUUCUUUGUUUUUGACGGGUAACAUAAAAUUGGUGUUUAACCUGAAUAUGAUGCAUGAGCGACUAGUAUUGAAGUGCAGCAUAUAUUUUGAGACACUUAUCACAAUUAUAAAACGAAAAGCGUAAAAUUUGUAUAAAAAUUGAAUAUAAAAUAAAGAAAAAUUUCGUAAAGGUA